AUGAAUUCAGCUCUCGCUUCAUUAACAGAAACCUACACAGACUCAGAGAAUGAGGAUAAUCAUGAAGACGAUGUUUCAAGAUUAGAUCCUGAAGAGAAACAAAUAAAAGCAGAAAUAAUAAUCCAGCCAAAGAAAAGUUCAAAGCAUCCUCGUCGUUUAGUGAGUUAUAAUGACAAUGAAGCUCAUGAAGAUGCAUCUGAUGAUGAGCUUAAUACAUCAGAAGAGAUUCCACCUGAGAAAGAUAAUGAAACCGAAGAGGAAGAAGAUGGAGGAGAUAAAUUUGCCAAAUAUUUCAAGAAAUAUGGAUUUCAUUUACCUCCGGAGCCUAAGACAAAAUCAGAUCCAAAACUUCAAGAAACGAUAUCAAACAUCUAUCAAAAGAUCAAGAAUUCAGAAUUUGAUCUCAACCAAUAUAUUCAGGAGAAGAAAGAAUUUCGUAAUCCGAGUAUUUAUGAUAAGCUCAUUCAAUUUUUUGACUUAAAUGAGCUAGGGACAAACUUUCCUCCUGAAAUUUAUGAUGUUUCUAUAUACGGACCAGAAUCUUACUAUGAAGAACUUGCAAAAGCACAAAAGCAAGAAAUGGACAAAUUAGAAAAGCAAAAGAAAGAAAACAUAAAAACCGAAGUGAUUGUGAAAGAAUCGACAAAAAGAAAAUCAAAAUGGGAUCAGCAAGCUCCAGUUAGUGUAACUUCAUCCAUUACAACAUCAUCUUCGUCAACAUCUGGGAAAACGACUGUCAUCUCAGCUUUUGGUACACUUAAGAAACCGAAAGUAUGA